GUUCAGUUAAAUUAAGAGCAAGUAAACAACUGAAAUUUCAUAAUUUUCAUCGACGAAAAUCAAACUUUAAUUAAAAUGAGUGCUUCUGUAGAUCACAGCGAUGAUGAAGGACAAUUAAGGAGUCCUGAGAACAUUCAUUCCAACGACGACGAAGGAACUAACGAUUCAUUAGAUAUAAAACCGCCACAAUCGAAAGAAUUUCGAUACAAGGAAAAAAAGAAACAUAAGAAACAUCAUGAAAGGAAGCAUAAAGAUAAUAAGGAGAGAUAUCGUGAAUAUCCAAAAGAAAAAGAUCCAGAGAGGAGAUAUUCAUCAGAAAAUAGACGUGAUUAUAGAGACAAGUAUGAAGAUAUGAAGGCUUAUUAUAAAGAAAAAGAAUAUUACUCAAAACGCGGGGAUUACGAAAAGCCCAGAAAGCCAGAGCAAUCUAGAAGUAGACGAUCAAGUCAAGAGGAUGCUAUGAAGUAUGAAAAUGAUAGACGUGAAGAAGAUUUACGCAAUCGUUUGAUUAGAAGACGCCAACAAGAAGAAACUGAAGUUCCAAGAUCCACAAGUAGCCGUAAAGAUGAAUUUUAUGAACGUAAGGACAAAAGAGAAUAUAAACGUGAACAAUUUGAUGACCAAGAAGAAUAUGAGCCCAAAAAACAUCGCAGUCACAGACAAUUUGAUGUAGAAGCUGAAGCGCGUCGCAAAAAGUUCCUUGAAGCUGAUAGAAAUGAUCGUAAUAGAAAGCAACGAGCACGUGAAGAACUUGAAGCUAGAAGAGAGCAAAUUCGUACAAAGGAACCAACAAAAUCUCGCGAAGUAAGUCUGUCACCUGAUAGGAAAAAGUCACGUUAUGAAUCGCCAAGAGCUAAGGAGGACGUUGUAAUGGUUUUAUCAGAUGCACACGAUGAUGAUAAUGAGGAAAUAGAUAGUGAAUCUGAUAGUUAUUCGUCACACUCAAAACAAUCGCCAGAAUUCGAAAUGAGUCCAAUACCAGUUGAACAACUUGAAAAAUCGCCAAUAGAUGACCACAGUAACUCAAUAUCAUCACACAGCUAUUCUAAUAAAAGCCGUUCUAGGUCAAAAUCACUUUCUUUAAGUCGUUCUGAAAGGUCUACUUCAACAGGCUCAAGAUCCAGUACAUCAAAAUCAUCAAUUAGUGAAAGUGAGCAUAGCGAUGAAAACUAUAGAAGAAAAUCUUUAGAUCAUGAACAGUCAGACAAGAAAGAAAAUACAGUAAAAGAUUUAGAUGAAACAAAAGUUGAUUUAAAUGAAACUGCAGAAGACGAAUUGCCAUCAUAUUAUCCAGCAUUACAAGGCUGUAGAUCUGUAGAAGAAUUUCAAUGUCUUAAUAGAAUUGAGGAAGGCACAUACGGUGUUGUAUAUCGAGCAAAAGACAAACGUACUGACGAAGUUGUGGCUCUAAAACGAUUAAAAAUGGAAAAGGAAAAAGAAGGAUUUCCAAUUACAUCUCUCCGUGAAAUCAAUACCCUCCUUAAAGGGCAGCAUCCAAAUAUAGUCACUGUACGUGAAAUUGUUGUUGGAAGUAAUAUGGAUAAGAUUUUCAUUUGUAUGGACUACGUUGAGCAUGACUUGAAAUCCUUAAUGGAAACAAUGAAACAUAAAAAGCAAGUUUUUCUACCAGGCGAAGUCAAAUGUCUUAUACAGCAAUUAAUGCGAGCUGUUGCACAUCUUCACGACAACUGGAUUCUCCAUCGUGACUUGAAAACUUCGAAUUUGUUGCUGAGCCAUAAGGGUAUAUUAAAGGUCGGAGAUUUUGGACUAGCGCGAGAAUAUGGAUCACCAUUAAAAGAAUAUACAUCAGUUGUAGUCACACUUUGGUAUAGGUCUCCAGAAUUACUACUAGGAUGUAAAGAAUAUUCAACACCUAUCGAUGUUUGGUCGUGUGGAUGUAUUUUUGCAGAAUUAUUGGCAAUGGGAGCACUUUUCCCUGGAAAAUCAGAAGUUGAUCAACUAAAUAGAAUUUUUAAAGACCUUGGAACUCCAAACGAACGAGUUUGGCCUGGAUAUGAUCAAUUGCCGCUUGUUAAGAAAAUGACGUUUACAGACUAUCCAGUUUCACAGAUUAGAAAGAAGUUUGCAACACAUACUAGUGAACUUGGAUUAUCGCUUCUACAAGGACUUUUGACUUAUGAUCCAAAGCAGAGGUUAACAGCAGAUGCAGCAUUAAAGCAUAGCUAUUUUAAGGAACUUCCUCUGCCGAUUGAUCCCAGCAUGUUCCCAACUUGGCCAGCAAAAUCAGAAGUCGGAUGGAAGCGCGCUAUGGUAACAUCACCCAAACCGCCAAGCGGAGGGACACAGUUUAAAAGAUUAGGCGUAGAAGAUGAAAACAGUGGAUUUACUUUAGGUGGAACAUAUUCAUCGUACGCAGAAAGUAGGAAGUUAGCUAUGGGAUCGGGUUUUAGUUUAAAAUUCUGAAAGUAAAUUGUAAAUUUAGUUUAAGCACUCAAAACAAAGAAAAUAAAAUAAUUAAUUAUAAAAUCAA